GCUACACCAUUGAAUAUCUCACGUUGUCAAGACUCGAUCUAUUAAAAACAAGUAUUAUCAAUUGAAAAUUCAAGAGUAACAAAAUUAUAAGCUAUAUUGUGCUAUUGUAAUUGAAUACUAACAUUUUUGUAAAGUCAAAUCACUUUUGUGUAUAUAAUGGAUCAAAGUAACGACAAUAAACGUAAAAAAGAAAAAUACAAUGAGAGUGAAUACUAUAGAAAAGAUUCAAGAUCCAAAAAGCGUCGGUCGAGAUCUCGUUCUCGAUCUCCAAGGGAUAGAACUGAAAAGGAUUCUCGACGUAAAAGAAGACACUCUCGAUCGAAAUCCCCCUAUGUCCCGAAUAAACAAGACAAACGGCGUGAUGACGCGCCAAAAGAAAGCAAAUCAAUGCCAGCAAAAAAAGCUAAAGAAACCGACAUGCUUAACACAAGAACUGGUGGCGCGUACAUUCCUCCCGCGCGUCUGCGAAUGAUGCAAGCUCAAAUCACCGACAAAUCGUCCGUCGCCUAUCAAAGGCUUGCAUGGGAAGCUCUCAAAAAAUCUAUCCACGGACACAUUAACAAGAUUAACGUUGGUAACAUUGGCAUUAUUAUUAAAGAGCUCUUAAAAGAGAAUAUAGUUAGAGGGCGUGGUUUACUCAGUAGGUCGGUGAUCCAAGCUCAAGCAGCAUCACCAACCUUUACUAAUGUUUAUGCUGCCUUGGUAUCAGCAGUCAAUUCACGCUUCCCUAACAUAGGAGAGUUGUUGUUAAAAAGACUAGUAAUACAGUUCAAGAGAGGUUUCAAGCGAAAUGAUAAGCCUAUAUGUAUUUCAUCAGCUACUUUUAUUGCUCACCUUGUAAACCAAAGAGUUGCACAUGAAAUUUUAGCUUUAGAGCUAUUAACAUUGCUCGUAGAAACACCAACAGAUGACUCUGUGGAGGUUGCAAUAGCAUUUUUGAAGGAGUGCGGACAGAAACUCACAGAGGUCUCUUCCAAGGGUGUUAAUGCCAUUUUUGAGAUGUUAAGAAAUAUUUUACACGAGGGCCAGUUGGAUAAGAGAGUGCAAUACAUGAUUGAAGUCAUGUUUCAAGUUUGGAAAGAUGGGUUCAAGGACCAUCCAGCAGUUUUAGAGGAGUUGGAACUGGUGCCUGAAGAGGAACAGUUCACUCAUCUUUUGAUGUUGGAUGAUGCAACAGAUUCACAGGAUAUCCUGAAUGUAUUCAAGUUUGAUGACAAGUAUGAAGAAAAUGAACAAAAGUACAAAGCACUCAGUAACGAAAUCCUAGGAUCUGAUGCCGAGUCUGAUGAUGAAGAUGGUUCUGGUGAAUCUGGAAGCGAUGAGUCUGAUGAUGAGGAAGCAGAAAAAGGGAAAGAGGUCACUAUUAUUGAUAACACUGAGACAAAUCUUAUUGCUUUAAGAAGAACUAUAUAUUUGACUAUCAAUUCAAGUUUGGAUUUUGAGGAAUGUGCUCACAAAUUGAUGAAAAUGCAGCUGAAACCAGGACAGGAAAUUGAACUUUGUCACAUGUUCCUUGAUUGUUGCGCUGAACAGAGAACUUACGAAAAAUUUUAUGGACUUCUGGCUCAAAGAUUUUGUAACAUCAAUCGGAUUUAUAUUGGUCCAUUCGAAGAAAUAUUCAAAGAUUCUUACUCUACAGCUCAUAGAUUGGACACAAACCGCCUCAGAAAUGUGAGCAAGUUUUUUGCUCAUCUAUUAUUUACUGAUUCAAUAAGCUGGGAAGUUUUGGAAUGUGUUAAACUCAAUGAAGAGGACACAACAAGUUCGAGUAGAAUUUAUAUUAAAAUAUUGUUCCAAGAGUUGGCUGAAUAUAUGGGCUUGAAGAAACUCAAUGAUCGCUUAAAGGACCCAACAUUGCAGCAAGCAUUCUCUGGUGUAUUCCCUAGAGAUAAUCCUAAGAAUACAAGAUUUUCUAUCAACUUUUUCACUUCAAUUGGUCUUGGAGGUCUCACAGAUGAGUUAAGGGAACAUUUGAAACAAAUGCCAAAGAAUGUACCACCGCCGAUAACAGAAAUCAAACUGGAUAGUGAGUCUAGUUCCGAUUCCAGCUCCAGUUCAAGUUCAGACAGCUCAUCCUCAUCAUCUAGUGACUCAAGUUCAAGUGAUUCUGAAGAAGAAAAUAAACAAAAGGAGAAGAAACGAAAAAAGAAAAACAGCAAAAAUAAAUCUCCUGCACCGGAGGUUCCUAAUAAAGAUAUGGACAAGGUUGAAAGAUGGGGGCAUGAUGGUUUCUAUGAGACGUAUGGCUCUAAUGCUAGAAGAAAUGAUUCAAGAUCUGAUAGAGAUAAAAAUAACUUUGGACAACCUAGAAGCGAUGAUCAAAGGCGGAAAGAUUACAAUGAUCGAAGGAAUGUCGGACGUGAAGAACCUGAAAGCGAUAGAAGACGUGAAGAUCGUGGGCGUCGGGAUACUGAAACGGAUGGGAAAGAAAUGGAAAAAUCUUAUCGAAGAGAUGGUAGAUAUCGUGAAGAUACCAGAAACCACAGAAAUUAUGAAGAAGAUACAGACAGAAGAAGGAAUAAAACGUAUGAAGAAGAUACAAACAGAAGGAGAAAUAAGAAUCAUGAUGAUGAUAGAGAUAGAGGGCGAAAUAAAAAAUAUGAGGAAGAAGUAGAAAAAAGGAGGAACAAGAAUAAUGAUGGAGACCUAGACAAAAGAAAGAAUAAUACCAAUGAAGAAGAUUCAGACAAAAGAAGAAACAAAAAUAAUGAUGAAUAUAGAGACAGAAGAAGAAAUAGGAAUGAUGAUGAUGACGAUAUAGAUAGAAGAAGGAAUAAGAAUACUGAUGAAGAUCUAGACAGAAGGAGAAAUAAGAAUAAUGAUGAAGAUCUAGACAGGAGGAGAAAUAAGAAUAAUGAUGAAGAUCUAGACAGGAGGAGAAAUAAGAAUAAUGAUGAAGAACUAGACAGGAGGAGAAAUAAGAAUAAUGAUGAAGAUCUAGACAGAAGGAGAAACAAAAAUAAUGAUGAAAAUUUGGAAAAUAGAAGCAAUAAGAACAAUGAUGAAGGUAUGGAUAGAAGGAGGAAUAAGGAUGAUGAAGAUGUAGAUAGAAGGAGGAAUAAGAAUGAUCAAGACCUAGACAGAAGAAGUAAUAAAAAGUAUGAGGAAGAAAUAGGUAAAAAGAACGAUAGAGAAUCUCGGCAACACCGAGAUGAACGUAAUAAUAAAGAAAGAGAACAUGAGCGUGAGAGCAUUCAAAGUCGCGAGGAACAAUCUCGUUAUAAACAAAGAAAAGCUGAAGAAGACGGACAAAGAGAUCGUAACGAGAUCGGUCGGACUGAGGUCAAAGAAGACAAACGUAAAAAAAUAUAUGAUGACAAAGAUAAAAAUAGCUCCAGUAGCAAUGAUGAAGAUUACAAUAGUCGGAAGCGCGAAAAAGAUAGAAAAGAUGGCAACGAAAAGGAAUACAGAAAGGAUAGUUCGAAUGGUAAGAAGAGUAAAAAGCACAAUAAAGAAAAGAAAAAAGGCAAAACCAAUUCACGUGAUAGUAGUGAAUCUGCCACAGGUUCUGAAAGUGACGAAAGUACAAAACAAAAUGAUUUGGGAGGACGUUACUGGGAUAAUUUUGACAUAGAAACACGACUCAAUGAUAAAGAAAGAGAAAAACUUGAAGGUAGAACUCCAGAAAGGGCUGAAAAGGAAUAUGAAAGGAGGCGUGAACGGUAGGUCAUGUUGUGAUGCAUGAGUAAGACAUGAUACAAUAAGAUUUAUAAUUGUUAUAAAUGUCGCAUUUGUAAAUAUUGAAAAAUUAAUUUUAUAAGAUUUUGAAUGUAAUAAUAAAUUCGGUAG